UGCAAGACAGUACAAAAUUCACUCGGUAGCGGUCGGACGUGUUGAGCUUAAAGCUUAUUUUUGUGCGUAACUUUGAAAUUGUGUUUAACGUGUUGUGUUUUAAUAAUCAUUGUUAAGUUUAUGUGAUUUGUCGUGGAUGUUUCAUGAUCAUUGGGUAAGCACCGUGUAGCUGUUGUUGGGUGUUGAAGCUACGGAGGCUGUUUGCAUAUAUCCGCAAUAAAAGAAAUGGGCGGUCAUUUCCCCUCAUGAGAGAAUAGUGCAGAGGCAUGGAUGGACCGUAGAAUGCGCGUCUCUUCGGCGCUCUUAAGCUUCAUCGCCACAUUGUCUGCGAUAGCUGCCUUCGUGCCUGGAGCUGAUGGGCCAGUGUCAAGGCAGGAUGCUCUGGAAGGCGGGAACACCACGUUGUAUUGUGACUCAACUCCAGAUACGUCUGAUGAUGAAUUGAUGCUCCUUGUCUGGUAUAAGGACAAUGCGCCAAUUUACAGCUUUGACGCCCGUACAGGCACUAAGUGGUCGAGUACCUCCUUCAACACCAGCAACAGGCUGCAGGCAGAUAUACAUCAGCAGCCCACUAGCCUCGUGAUAACUGACUUGAGGGGGGAUGACCAGGCACUCUACCAUUGCCGUGUGGACUUCUUACUAGCGCCUACCAGAAAUGUUGGCGUAAAUUUAACUGUUAUUGUGUUACCAAGUCAACCGUUUUUUCUGGAUGAAUUAGGGAACAAAGUUGAGAAUAAAAUUGGCCCAUAUCACGAAGGUGACACUUUGGUUUUAAGUUGUCUCGUUAUUGGAGGUAGACCUCCGCCUCGGAUUAGUUGGUACUCCGGCGAGGAUCUAGUGGAUGCAUCAGAUGGUGUCAGCGACAUACCUGGGGUGAGGGAGAACGAACUCUAUCUGCCUCUCACUCGGGACAACACCAGGUCGCUCUCUUGCAGGGCAAGCAACACGCAUCUAACACAACCUGUGAUAUCUGGUCUUAAGAUUGAAUUAUAUUUACCUGCCUUCAACGUAUCAAUACACUGGGUCCGUGGAACAAAUGGUGAUGCUUUGCAGGCCGGCAAAACCGCGGUCGCGAGGUGUAUAGCACAUGGGUCCUAUCCAUCCCCGGAUAUUAUUUGGUGGCUGGACCAUCGACACUUGUCACAACAUAGUAAUCAGAGCGUCAUUAACUCAUCCCGUACGGCUGUGUCGUAUUUAGAAUUAACGCCAUCUGUCGGCGACCACGGCGCAACGCUUGCUUGCAUCGCAACGAACAGUGCAAUGGCGCCCGAUAGAAAUUCCAAAGCUGAUGUGUUUGUGUUAAAUGUUACCUAUAGUCCAUUAGUAGAAGUAAUAAAAGAUGGAGACGGAAGACUGAAUGAGGUUUCAGAACUGGACACUUUGCAUUUGACGUGCGAAACCAAGGCGAACCCACCGGUUGACAAUUAUACAUGGUAUUUUAAUAAUAUAGAAAUAAAACCAAAUAGUAUAUGGGGAAGCCAAACCAAAGCCCAGAGUCUGACAAUAGUUGAGACUGAGAGAAAGCAUGCGGGACAAUACUCUUGUGCAGCCGCGAACGGUGUUGGUGAAACCAGAGCUGAGGCGAUUAGCAUUAUUGUUUAUUAUCCUCCUGAAUGCACAAGUAGUGGGAUCACAUUGGUCAAAGAAACUCUCAAAUGCAGCGUACGAGGUUUACCAGAACCGGAUACAUUUUUCUGGCACAUUCAAACAUCUGGCGAGGAUGCACAGCACCUUACAACAGGCUCGCCCAUUCUUCCCUUAAGCCAGCUUACAGGAAGCCUUUCAGGACUGCUGGAUGCCAGCUGUGAAGCUGGUAAUGGCGUGGCAUCCCAGGAGAAGCCGUGUAAGAAGGUCUUUUCGCUGGAACAGCUAAGACCACCACAACCUCAGCAGUGUGACCUUGCCUAUGAGUAUGAGGAGUUUCAAAUGAGAUGUGUACCAGUGGAAAACGCAACCUACUAUGAAGUAUCAGUCUGGAGAAUAUCCACAUCCAAUGCCUCAAUGUACUUGGAGAAGCGUGGUUCUAUGGGUUUUGGAGUAAGCCAAGCGCUCGCGCAAGGCGGCGGGGUCCCGUGGCUGGUGAGAGGUCCUCUCGGAACCCUGAAGAUGGGCGACGAGGCUGCAGCAUCAGCUUGCAACAGAUAUGGAUGCUCAAGAGCUCUCCUUUUGAGGCCGACUGAAAAUUUACUAGACGCCGCAGAAACACCGUGGUGGAAAUAUAAAGACGUGGGAAUAUCAAUAGGUGCUCUUCUCCUGGUAAUCGUCUUCAUAACCUCCACGGUACUUCUGGUGCGGCUGAUUCAAAGAUCCAGACGUAAGCCAGUCCCUGUUAUACAGGUUUUGCAGCUGGAUGAUGUCGCAAGAGAUUACUUGGAUACUAUAGGAGAACAUAAAAUCCAAGCAUCACGAAGUCUUCGAUCCUGCAGUAGUGGAUACUCGGACGGUUCCGCCGAGUCGGCGCCCCCCGUAGACCGUCGAUCUAAGGCACGACUCAACUGGGAGUGGGAGCCCCCACCCCCAGAUGUCACUUUAACCCUUCAUAGGGAAAGUGCUGUUUAGUGUAAAAACAUGAAAGAGUUUACAAGGAAUAAAGUGAUAAAGUGUAAAAAUAUUUUCAAAGUGGUACUAGGCUAAUAUGUCAUCGUUUAAUUGUAUAUGAUCCGUGAUCUAUAAAAAUAAAUUAGAAGAUAAUUUUAAUAAGAUUAUAUAUUAUAAUUGUACUGUAUAUAUUUGUAUAUUGUUUCAUGAAAACGUUUUGUGGCAACCAUCUUCUCUUCAACCGUACAAUUAGCAACGUAUUAAAAUCUAUAUUUGUAUGAAAAUACUGUGCGAAGGUCUAAACUAAGAGUUACAGAAAAAUAUUUGAAGCAACAUCUACUUUGUCAAAUUCAAUUACAGCUGAAUACAUGAUGUAUGACUUUUAGGUAGUUCGGUACAAAGAGCAUAAGAAAAACUGGAAUAUUCUUAAAUUGGUUUACAUUUUGUACAAAGAUAUAUCGUGAAGUCUGUAGUCUGUACAACAGAAUUGAAAGCAAAAGUGGUUGUCUAGUAAAACAUGAUGUUCUAAUGGCGGCCCUUCUACUCCCUAUACGCAAGAUUCUGUGUCAAAGACUUAGUGCUAAGUAUGAUUUUCGAACAUUUAGACUUAGAACAACGACUAUCUUUGAAUCCUUUGCAAAGCUUCCUAAUGUAGUAGAGAGUUUGUCUUUGUAAAUCUGAGCACUAAAUGCUUCAGUGCUGCUGAAAUUUGUCAAAAAAAUUUCAUUUUUCUUCUUAAAUUUGACAGAUUGUAAGUAUGGAAGUGUAUUGUAUAAGGUACUUCAUCGACUUUGCAAGUCAAGAUCACACUGAACAGAAUUCUGAUCUUUCAAGAUUUUUAACCUAAUCGGUGGCUGAGUCUUGUGAAAUAUUAUUGACUUAAAAUGUCUCGGCCCUGGGACCUUGUAAAAGAAUUUAAUAUUAUAUUUAUUAUAAUAAAUUGUUGAACUGC